CACGCCCUCCAAAGCGACCCUUCCCUUAGCGAAUCCUAUGGAAUACUUACAAACGACUUAAAGCAAGCCAGUCUGGUUUUGUAAUUCCAACCGCGCGGGUCGCAGGCGCGUUACCACUCUCGGUUAUCAAAAGGACGUUCCUUUUUUAAAAUACCAUAUAAGUUUUUUUUUUAUUACGGCCAGCAACUUCACGAAAGUUUUCGAUAUAAUUCCGUUUUGAUAUAAUUGUUUUGUGGUUUCCGUUUGUUUUGAUUUUGCCCUGUUUUUUUUUCUCGUAUUCAAAUAAUUUUUUUUCGUUGUUUUAAUAUUUUGUGAUGUGUAGUGUUUGGGUUUUAUUUUCGGGUGUAUAGAUUUCUGUGAUUUUCAAGUACUUUUAAAGCACGAUGAAGCUUUUUUUGAAAGUUCUGUGCACUUUACUUUUCUUGGUGGAAGCCGUCAUGGGUGCCUGGUGGAACCUUGCAGCUCCGGUUAAGACGACACAGUCAUCAAACACGUCUUUGGAGACGUACUCAACAUUGCAGAAGGAAGCCUGCCACAGGUUGGAUUUCUUGGUUGAGCGUCAGAAACAAUUAUGUAUGCUAUCCGACAAGAUGGUUCAGGUGUUACAAACCGGGGCCCAGCAGGCCGUCGAGGAAUGCCAGUAUCAGUUCAGGAACAGCCGUUGGAAUUGCAGCACAGUUGAGAAUUCAACUGACAUCUUCGGAGGCGUACUUAAAUUUAAAUCACGUGAAUCUGCAUUUGUCCAUGCGCUAUCGGCUGCAUCUUUGGCUCAUGCUGUAGCCAGAGCUUGCAGUCGUGGAGAAUUGAACGAGUGUUCUUGUGACGCCAGGGUGAGGAAACGCACUCCAAGACAUUGGCAAUGGGGUGGAUGUUCGGAGGACAUAAGAUAUGGUGAGAAAUUCAGCCGUGAUUUCGUGGACGCCAAAGAGGACAAAGAGUCUGACGAGGGGAUCAUGAAUUUGCACAACAACGAGGCCGGUCGGAGGGCUGUCCGUGGCCGUAUGCAGCGUGUAUGCAAAUGUCAUGGCAUGUCUGGUUCCUGUUCCGUACGCGUUUGCUGGCGUCGUCUACCGCCUCUGAGGGCAGUCGCUGAUGCUUUAUCCACCAGAUACGAGGGAGCGAGUCAUGUUAAGGUCGUUGAAAGAAAAAAAGGGAAGAACAUAAGGAAGUUGCGACCAAUCCAUCCUGACAUGAAGAAGCCCAAUAAAACUGAUUUAGUCUAUUUGGAAGAAUCGCCAGAUUACUGCGAGCCAAAUGAAGAACUAGGCAUUCUCGGUACGCGUUCCCGAACCUGCAACCGUACAUCCGCUGGUUUAGACGGCUGCCGCUUGCUGUGCUGCGGACGCGGCUAUCAGACUCGCGUGCGAGAUCACGAGGAGAAGUGCCGUUGCCGAUUUGUGUGGUGCUGUCGCGUCCACUGCGAGAUAUGCCGCUCCAAACGAGACCACCACGUAUGCAAUUAGCCUGCCAUUAGUGAUUUUUAUUAUAAGGACUCGUUUCCGAUUUUAUAAACAUCGAAAUAUUUAUCGAUUACUUUUGAUUGAUAUAUAUCUCAAUAGACUAUGAUCGCGAAUGCAAUGGUAACAUUAUAAUUUUCAAGGGCUUGUUUGUUUCGGGUUGCCAUGUUUUUAUUUCGUUUAAUAUAUGACAUAUUUCUAAUGUAAAAUGCUUUGGAAUUUGUACGGAUUUCUAUUUGAAUCAAUAUUUUUCUUAUGAAGGUCUAUAUGUUCGGUAACAGGAUUAUUCUUUAUAGAUUAGUGUGCUUUUUUUUUGGUUUAAAGUCGCGUUGCUUAUGUACAAUAUCAAUUAUUAAAUAAUCUGUUAUGAUUCAAUGAUUUACAUAAAAACUUCUUUUGGUUAAGAAACGUUUUUUUGGAAGAAAAUUCGGACUACCCACUACUUUGUCUUAUAAAAAAAAUACGUUUAUUUCCCCUCCAUACUGUUAUAUCGUGCAAUUGUUAGAAUACUUAUAACGCGUGUGAUCGAGCCCUAACCUUGGCGACGUCACGAAGGACUGAUACGUUUAGUUACUUAUUAUUUUUAUUACAUUAAGUUAUCUGAUUGUAAGCUUUAAAUUUUAACAGUAUUACCAACUAAUUUAUUUUAAUUUUAUAAUGUACAAAAUUGUAAAUAAUUUCAUUUGUUGUAAACGAUUUAAUUAUGCCAUUUUAUUAAUAUAUUGUCUGAAUGAUUAAGUUAUUAGAUGUAGGUUUUGUUCUUUGUUUCGAUGUUCCCAAGACGAUCUCUUACCUCUUCGUGUAUUCAACUGUAUAUAUAAUUAAUAUUCACUAAAUGUACUUAUUAAAGUUAUUUUACUUUCUACCUCAGGUAUAUAAUCUUUUUAAAACGACGGACGAUUUUUUAAAUAAUGCAGACGUAUGCUUUUAUUUUAUCGAUUUGUUGUUGUAAAUAGGAUUUAACGUUAAGGCGUAGUAAUUUAUUACAUUAGAUUGUGAUAGUUCUUUAAAUAAGAUGUCGGAAGGUGACGUAGAGUUUUUUUUUUUUUAAUUUUAUAAUAUAUUUUCCACUCUUGCAUUUUAGAUUUCGAUAUUGUAAAUAAUAUUUAGUUUUAAAUGUAUAUCGUGAACUACAAUUUUAUGAAUUCUACAUGUGUGUUAACAACGUCUAAAAAGGCUUUCAAUAAACUUAUCUUUCGGUAAUAAACGCUGCGGGGCGCAAGGUCGUACUUUUGGUCCUUUACUAUUAAGGUAAUCAAUAAGUUAUGGAUUUGGUGAAAAUGCUUAUCAUGAUUUAAAAUCCUUGAAAUUUUUCCAACGAAAACUAUAUAUUCGUUUCGACAGAAGGUUUUAACAGAAAUUAAUGAACGACUUAAGUGAAUCAACUCAAAUAAGACAGUAACGAUAGCUGGUAAACAUAACAUUGACACGAAAAAAGAAAUUUAAUACCAAAUGUAUUUAUUUAAGUAUUCGUACAAUGACCAUAUCUAUAUAUAUUUUAUAAUACAAUUACAUAUAAUAAAAUUUUAAACGAGAAAGUAUGAAAUUAUACAUAAGUCAGCCAUUGUACACGUGAAAUUCGGAUUAGAUUAGUGUCUCUUCGGAUAUGUUUAGUUACUACUUAAU